CUGUCUCUCUCACUUGUCUCUUCUCGAACUCAACUCUUCUCCGCUCAAAAAAACCAGAGAAAAAAAUGAGUGAAAUUGGGUUAGACAAUUCGAGAGAAACCUAAAUCAAACCGAAAUGAGAAAUUAAACCAAAAUCUUCUACUGAUUUAUGAUUUUCUAAGCCUAAAAACUCAUAUGAAAAACCCUUUUAGGAAUCAAAAUCUUUGAUUUUGUAAACUUAUUUUUUCUCUUAGAUUGAAACUCUCAGAAGCAGAUUCAAUUGAAGAAGUAGAAACCCUAGGAAUCUCUAUCCUCAGAAGAAGAUUGAAGUAAAAUCCUUGAAGAUUCAGUAGAAUGUCUUCCAAUCGAAGCAGUUCUGGUCCGUCUACAUCAGCUACCACAUCAUCGCAGCAAAAUGUAUCCAGCUCGUCAGCAAAACCGAAGCUGAUUGUUGAAGUCCAUAUUGCUGGCAAGAUCGAAGGAGAUGCGGCAGCGAGAUUCUCUACUAGGGUAGGAGAGCUCAUAAGGACUCAUAUUCCUAAAUCAUACAAGGAGUGGAGGUUGGUCCCUGUCAAUUUUAAAGACGACGUGUGGAAUGCUCUGAUGGGUGAAUUUUCAUUGACUGUUGACCCAGCAGUCUGCCGUGAAAUCAUUGAAGUGUCAUUUCCACCGUAUUAUAGGCGAUUCAAAUACGAAGUAAGGCAGACAUUAAAACGGAUAGUAAAAGCUCUUAGACAAGCAGAAAAAGCAUCUCUUAGAGUAGAACAAGCAAUAAAGGAGGGAGUUGAAAUACCUGAGGCUGAGGAGGAAGAUGAAGAUGAAGCACUUCCAGAACUCACUCCAGAAAUCUGGGAAAGUGUAAGAGCAGAUGUUCCACCUGGGAUUAAUGGUAUUAAUCCAAAUAUCUGGGAGGAAUUUGUUGAUAUGGAGAAAAAUCCUGAAAAGAUAGCAAAGAAUAAGGUGAAUGCAGAGAGCAAAGCAAAGAACACUAUCCACCAUACACUUGGGAGGUGCACAUACCACAACAAGAAGCAUAAGUUAGACGAAAUGAGCGAAAAAGUGGUACCCCCGUCGACUAUAGAGAAGUGGUUAUACGGACAUUUAAGACGUGAUGGGACUGUCCAUCCUAGUGCACUUGAAGUGCAUGGCAAAGUAUCAGGGGCUGUAGAGAGGAACAAAGGGAAAGGAGAUCAGUCAAGUUCUAGUAAUGUGGUUUCAGCUGAACUAGAGGAGGUGUUUGGAAGAAAACGAAGUGGUGGGAUUCGUGGCUACUCAUCCCAUAUGUCGAAGAAGCAAGUUGGAAUGGCAGCAAUUGCACAUUAUGCCCUUCAACAAAGAGAUAAUGAGAAUGCUCUUAAAUUAAACAAAAUCGAAGCCGAUGUGGGGUUUAUGGGCGGUAAACUGAUUGGUAUUGAAGGUGAAUAUGGGUCCCUGGGCAGCGCACUGAAGGAGAUGUUGAACUGCAUGAAACGCAAGACGCCUACAUCACCAUCUCGCGUAGGCACUCCUAGCCCAGAGAAAGGGUCCAAUUCUCACUUAGGUCAUCAACUUGAUCAAAGCUUGGAUCAUGCUGACAGUGUAACCAAUGAACCUCCUUCCUUGCAUGUUCAACUACUAGAUAAUAGAAGAAGAGUUGUUGCAUCAGGAUGUAUUAUUGCUGGCGAUUAUGUUCAUUGUAGAAAGGUUAAGCCAUUAGAGAAGAAGGUCUAUGUCAAGGAAGUUCAUGAUCAGUCUGCGUUAGUAUGCGAUGGUCCACAAGGAGAUGACGUUAACUUUUUUAAGGAUCUGGAACUAUCUACUUUUUUGAUCUGGUCUGAAGAUAGGUUGCGGUUCGUGCCGGUAAAGCUGGUUGGUGUACAUGAAGGAGAGCUACCCAUACAUGGUACUUUUCAGGUCCAAUUCUAUUCUAUACAAGUGUACAACCAGGACAUAAUGAUCUCCCACAAUUGAGGCUAAAGAAAAAGAACAAGUAGAUGCAAUCCUGAAAUGUUGGUCUGAUUUUGGAAUUUGUUACUGGUCUUUCCAGCCAGGUGUAAAGGCUAAGCCUUUGAAGCAACCCAAGGCACAACAGAAAGUAUAUGAUGAGACUGACUUGGAAAAAUCUUCAGAAGACGAAAAGGGAAGCUUUAUGUUAGGUGGUGUUGGACUAAAGAAAAGUGGAAAUAUCGGAACAAGAUGCUCCAGUAAAGGUGCCACUAUAAGGAAAUCAAGAAGACAGUUGGAUAACUAACUCCUAGAGAUGUUCCAUUUAUAUCAGGUUCCAUUUACUCCUAGAAAUGUUCCAUUUGAGUGAACAAGUUAUAGGUAAUUUCUUAUUUCUCAAGUUCUUGUAGAAAAUGUAUCCACUGCCUAUGCCCGCAUGAUGAGGUCCGGUUGAUUGAACAAGAAACCCAAAACAUGCUCAAUUUUGAUCCCAAAUUGUAGAGACAGACUUGUUAUCUAUAGUUUAUUUUGUUAAAUUUCAGUCAUCUUACAUCUGUAAUUGUAUCGAUUGAUUGUAUGGAUGGAUCCAUAUGUAAUGCUGCAAUUCCAUAUGUGAUAUAAUAGAAUGGAUUGAA